UUGAAUUUGAAUCUAUAAAAUACUUAUAUUUGAAUUUAGCUUUUUAAUUCUAAAACAAAUGUUAAAAUAAGGUUCGCUAAAUAAUGACUGCUAACUUUUCUGACGUACAUCGAGCUUUUUUGCAGUCAUGUGUUCUGCAUAGUGUUCUAACGACCGACCGGGCAUUGAAGAUUUUAAUAUUAUUGCAGGCAAGACUUCAACCGGACGAUCCAGUCCCCACUGAAAGCCGGCUGCAAGAGUUACUAGUGGACAUUAAUUCUCGUCUGGACCGAUACCAACAGAAAAUCGCACAAUUUGAUUACGGACCAAAACCUAAGCGCUAUUUGGUGUUUGCAAAUCUUUCCGAUACUCCACUCGAUCGCUUCCAGACUGCUUACCAAGAGGCAGAAUUGAGCCUUUUUCGAGUGAUCCUGCACGCGCUAGCCAAAGACGACGAGCAUCGUUUGGAUCAAAUCCAGUGCCUCAAUUUAACCUCAAAAAUAGAAGCCGGACGUUAUGUUUCCAAAAGCCGAGCGGAAACACUUAUUUCUGAAUGGCAAACGCAAGGAUAUCUAACCAUUUUGGAUGAGGAUAUUGGGUUCGGACCGAGAUCAAUGGUUGAAUUCGAUCGAUAUUUAAUGAAUCAUUUCCCGGACCAUUUGAGCUCCUGUCGAUUAUGCAAACAGGCACUGUUCUAUGGUGUAAAAUGUGACCAAUGUUCAGAAGGUUUACAUAAGGCCUGUUUGAAAACUUAUCUCUCCCGAGUGAAGAAGUGCCCUUGUUGUAAUAAGAACUGGACCGCAACUUUAGAAUAGCAGUAGUAAUCAACUGUAUUUCUUUAUAUAUCGGUUCAAUUUCCUUCUCUUGCUUUCAUAAUAAUUCUAACUAAAAAACAUUGAUCUUAUCAGUGUCGUUUAGGCAAAAAUAUUGUCAUGUUUAUUCAGGUUUCAGUUGCAUAAGCAUAACACCGGGUAUCGAAUUUGAAAUCUUGAUUCGGACUUAUAUAAAUUCAAAUAAAUUUA